AUGGGGACAUCCAAGGACCCCCCCGCAGCCAUGGCCAGUAGGGUCGAAUGCACUCCCGGCACUUUCCUACUGGUCGAUACCAGGGGCGAGACACAACAAACCCAUGCGCAUGGCACCGGUGCCAACAGGGAUAUCGUCUUGGUUCCUGCCCCGUCAUCGCACCCCGACGACCCACUGAACUGGUCCCCUCGACGGAAGAAGUUGUCCGCACUGUGCAUGGCUGCCUACGUCUUAGUCGUAGGCAUAUGUUCAUCUUCGCUGUACUCCACCCUCGACCCCCUCUCGAACGCCACCGGCCUCAGCUACGACACCCUCAACUCCGGGACAGGAUACAUGUUUCUGCUUUUUGGCUGGGGCUGCGUCUUCUGGCAGGCGGUCGCUGUCCAGUUUGGAAAACGCCCGGUCUACCUCGUCACACUCGCCGGGACCCUGGGCGUUAUGGUAUGGCAGCCUCAUAUCCGAUCGAAUGGCGCGUGGAUUGCGGCCAAGAUCCUGCAGGGCUUCUUUGGGGCGCCGAUGGAGUCCAUUGCGGAAGUUACGGUUUCCGAUGUUUUCUUCACGCAUGAAAGGGGCAGGUACAUGGCUCUCUAUGCCCUAGCCCUGGGCUAUAGCAACGGCAUUGCUCCACUGAUCACAGGAUUCAUCAAUGACGGGCUGGGCUACGAAUGGGUGUUUUACUGGUGUGCCAUCUUCUGCGGAGUCGCCUUCAUCCUCGUCUUCAUCUGCAUGGAGGAAACAAAAUUCACCCGCACAGUCUACCUCGAAGGUCAAUCCACCUCCAACGAACCCACUUGCAGCAAAGGUGAAGAGAACGCGGCUGGAGCAUCAAGUGGACGAAAAGAUCCCAAAGCCCGCAGAGCCACGCCCUCCACCCACGACCGCGAGAAUCAACCCAGCCCUGACGAAAAAGCCCUUCCUCGCCAAACUCAAGCCCAUCGAAAGCACCGGGUUCCGCCACCAAAACCGCCUCUUGCCCUUGAUGCUCGAGCCGUUCCAGCUCCUCCGCUUCCCGAUCAUCGUCUACGCAGGCCUGCUGUACGGAUGCAACAUCGUAUGGCUGACCUUCCUCAACGCAACAGAGUCAAUGGUCCUUUCGCAGCCACCCUACAAUAUGUCCACUUCAAGCGUGGGAUUGACCUUCAUUGCGCCGCUGGCUGGCACAACCCUUGCAGCAUGCUACACCGGCCUCCUCGGCGACCGCCUCAUCAUCGCCCUCUCCCGCCGCCACGCCGGCCUCUUCCAAGCCGAGUACCGCCUCUGGCUGUUCCUCCCCUCUCUCCUCCUAAUCCCCUUCGGCUGCAUCCUCUUCGGCGUCGGCGCAGCCCACCAAAUCCACUGGUUCGGGAUCGUGUUCGCCAUGGGCGUCAUCUCGUUCACAACAACCGCGGGCUCCCAGAUUGCCGUUGCGUACUGCAUCGACUGCUACAGGGAGCUGGGCGGCGAGGCGCUGGCCGCUGUGAUUGUGAUUCGGAAUACGAUGGCGUUUGGGAUGGGGUAUGCGGUCACCCCGUGGGCUGUGAACAUGGGCUACCAGAAUGCCUUUAUCCUGGGGGGGUUUCUUGGGCUGGCGCACAAUCUGACGAUCUUCCCUGUGCUUAG